AGAUGGGCGGCCGGGGGCGGCCGGGGCGAAGAGAGAUAGACACGAGCCGAGACCAAUAAGAAAGUGGGAAAGCGAAGGAAGGGCUGGCCAGUGGGCGGAGCUGAGAGAGAGAGCGAGAGAGAAGGAUGGGGACUGUCAGAAAGAGGGAGAGGCGGAUAAGCAGGCAGGGAGGCGGAAGAGCCGGCUCAAGGUGAGGCCUUUGAGAGAGGGGGUGUGCCUCUUGCGCUUCCCCGUGGCCAGAUGAACCUUGUAUCGAUGGCAGCUGUGGUGGCAGUGGCAGAGCCGGAGCUGAAAUGGGUGUCCCUCUGGUGCCGGGUCCGCUGGGCGGCAGUGCUGGUGGUCCUUCUGGCAGCACUCCUUGUGCUGUUGCUCCCGCUGACGUCGGUGGAAGAACAGUGCCACAACAUUUUCAAGGGCUUGUCCUUGCUGAAGAGCAAGCUGGGAUUAGGCUAUGUGGGGAUCACCAGGUACACAGGGCAGACGACUGGCCUCAGCGUGACUUCAGGUGGAUUGGAGCUGUUGGUGUUGAAGCCCAAAGCCUCCCCAGAGGUCAAGUUAGAAGCCAAGGCAGCCUUGAACCAGGCCCUGCAGAUGAAGAGGCAAGGUAAGCGGGAGAAAGCUCACAAGCUUUUCUUGCACGCCCUCAAGAUGGACCCGGAUUAUGUUGAUGCCUUAACUGAGUUUGGCCUCUUCUCUGAAGAGGAGAAGGAUAUUAUUCAGGCUGACUACUUAUACUCCAAAGCCCUGACCAUCUCGCCCCAUAAUGAGAAGGCUGUGAUCAGUCGUGACCGGACGUUGCCCCUUGUUGAAGAGAUUGACCAGAGAUACUUCAGCAUCAUUGACAGCAAGGUCCAAAAAAUCAUGUCCAUCCCAAAAGGCAACUCUGCCCUGCGCAGGGUGAUGGAGGAGUCUUACUACCACCACAUCUACCACACAGUAGCCAUCGAAGGGAACACACUGACGCUCUCUGAAAUUCGGCACAUCAUUGAGACACGGUAUGCUGUUCCUGGCAAAAGUCUGGUGGAGCAAAAUGAGGUCAUUGGCAUGCACGCUGCCAUGAAGUACAUCAAUGCCACACUGGUGUCUAGAAUUGGGUCUGUAACCCUCAGUGAUGUCUUGGAGAUCCAUAGGAGAGUACUGGGUUACGUGGACCCAGUGGAGGCCGGGAGAUUUAGGACUACCCAGGUUUUUGUUGGGCACCAUAUUCCCCCACACCCUCGUGACGUUGAAAAGCAAGUGCUUGAAUUUGUACAAUGGAUCAAUUCUGAAGACGCCAUGAGUCUGCACCCAGUUGAAUUUGCAGCCUUGGCCCAUUACAAACUGGUUUAUAUCCACCCCUUCAUAGAUGGCAAUGGGAGGACUUCACGCCUCUUGAUGAAUCUCAUCCUCAUGCAGGCAGGCUAUCCACCAAUCACCAUCCGAAAGGAACAACGAGCAGAAUACUACCACGUCUUGGAGGUGGCCAAUGAAGGCGAUGUCAGGCCAUUCAUCCGUUUUAUUGCCAAAUGCACCGAGACAACCUUGGACAUGCUACUCAUUGCCACCACUGAGUAUUCAGUGGGCUUGCCCGAAGCGCAUGGUAGCACCACUGACUGCAAGCAGACCAUCCCUGUCAAAACCCGAACGUGAAUGUCAGUGUGGGUCAUGGAACCCCCUUGGCAUUCGUGUUUCCAAACAGAACUAGAGGCACUUUCUUUUAAGCAUUUCAUUUAUUUAAAUACGUUUUAAGUUAAAUAUUUUUUUGCAGGAAUUAUCUCAAAAUAUUUAUUAUUCCAUAACAUUACGCUAAACUUUUUUUAAAAGUUUGAUUGACUUUAUUACGGAGGGGAGCAAGAGGUGGAUUCGGCAAAUAACAUUUUUGCAAAUGAGCACCGGCAGUUACCGGCACCACGUUCUUAAUCAAAUAGUUACUUUAGCUGGAGAGAAGCUGUCCUCCAUGAACUUCUCAGCCAAAGCUCAUUGGGCAAGAAAGAUUUGUUGUUAAGCUUGCCCAGGAAAUUCUGGCCGAGGAGCCCACUGGGCAAUAGGACUCUUUCCAAUAAAAUAGCUCAGUUUGACAUCAA